AAAGAGCAAAAUGGGCAGCAUCGCCACCAACUGGAAGAAGCUGAGCGGUGAGAACAACUGGGAUGGGCUGUUGGAGCCACUGGACGCUGACCUCCGGCGGUACCUCAUCCACUACGGGGAGCGGCUGCAAUCCGUCCACGACGCCUUCAACGGGGAAACCCUGUCCACUGCCUACGGGCUCAGCCGGUACCCCCCGGAAAAUUUCUUCUCCCAUGUCUUCCUCCAGAACGGGAAGCCGUACAAGUACCAGAUCACCAACUUCUUCUACGCCUACUCGGAGUUAGCGCUGGGCGACUGGGUCCUCGCCGGACAGUCUGCCUGGAUCGGGUACGUGGCGGUGAGCACGGAGGAAGGGAAGUCGGUGUUGGGGAGGAGGGACAUCCUGGUCUGCUGGAGGGGCACUGAGACCAAACUGGAGUGGUUCGCAGAUGCGGACUUCCCAACAAUUCCGGUCGGCCAAGUUUAUGGGACUACUCAUAAUCCCAAGGUCCAUGAGGGGUUCUUUGGUGUCUAUACUCACAACAACCCUGAUUCUACCUACAGCAAGAACAGUGCCAGGGAACAGGUCCUGGCAGAGGUGAAAAAGCAGGUGGACAAAUACCGCGACGAGGAAACGAGCAUAACCGUGGUGGGACACAGCUUGGGCGCCGCCCUUGCAACCCUAAACGCGGCGGACAUCGUGGCCAACAACUACCACAAACCAACGGAUUCGAACGUCGGCUGCCUGGUCACGGCCUUUGCUUAUGCUAGCCCACUUGUCGGCGACAAGGGCUUCUACAACAUGUUCAAUGCACUGACGGACCUUCGACUUCUCCGGGUCAGGAACUUCUUCGACCCGGUCCCCUCCCUCCCGCCCAAGAUAUUUGGGUUCGACGAGGUCGGGAAGGAGAUUUUCAUGGUCAUUGUGUCACCUUUCUGUAAAUCACCUCUCGACAACCCACACAACUUGGAGCUCUACAUGCAUGGAGUUGCGGGGUGGAACGGAAUCAUGCCGUUUAAGCUCAUGGUGGAGCGAGACAUCGCGUUGCUGAACAAAGGAGGGGAUCUUCUCCUGGAAAAGCACAAAGUGCCGCCCAAAUGGUGGAACGUGAAGAAUAAUGCAAUGUACCAGCUGGAUGAUGGGUCGUGGGAUCUCCGUGACUACAUGCCUCCUCCUCCAGAGGCUGUCGUCCUCAUAUAAAUCAAUUUCUCAGAGGCU